AUGAGUUAUUCAGACGACGCGGUUCGCGCAAAGCUCGCGGCCCUGAACGAGACGCAGGACAGCAUCGUGACCAACGCGCAAUGGAUCAUGUUCCAUCGCCGUCAUGCAGAUCGCACCGCGCAACUAUGGCUGCAGCGACUCCAGGAGAGCACGAGCGCGUCCAAAAGGCUGGUCCUGCUAUACUUGGCAAACGAGGUGGUGCAACAGUCGCGUGCACGCUCGAAGACCGACUUCCUGGUCGCAUUCGAGCCGCUCAUCGGCGAAGGCAUCGCGCUGGCAUAUAAAGGCGCAUCGCAAGAAGUCCAGGGAAAGCUGCGAAGAGUGUCGGAAGUGUGGAAAGAGCGACGCAUCUUCGACCCCCGCAUUCAGGAGCAGAUUGAGAACAGACUGACGGAGAUCGAUAAAGCAAAGGGUGGGAAGAGUCUGGGUGGUGGAGCAAGGCUAGGCGGCAGUCUGUUUGGCGGAAGUGGUGGAGGUGUUGCGACGGAGCUGGAGGGCGUCAACAAAAGCCAGACGGCCUUGAGCAAAGCAGAAGCAGCACUCGGUGGUGUUGUGAACAAAGCGGAUACCGAGUAUGAGAAGAUGACGGACCCGAAUGCGCCUAUACCAUCAGCGCCAGUCCGCGCUGCGAAGCUUCGUGGCCUGGUCAAAGAUCUGAUGGCUUCGCAAAGAGCCAUCGAGACUAGCCUGAGCGCACGAAAAGACUUGAUCGCAGGGCUGGAGAAGCUGUUGGAGGCGAAUCGUGCCAAGGUGUCAGACGAAGAAUCGAAGGCUGCAGAUCUUACUGCAAAGAUCGACGAACAGGAAGCUACUAUCCGGCUGGUCGAAGAUGCCAUCAUGCGUGGUGCCAGCGAGACUCCAGCCCUCGGUACGAAUGGCAUGUCGAAUGGCGCAGAACCUCAGCGACCAGAAACAGAAAGCUUCACGCCUCCACCGCCAGAUGUCGAAGCUUUCACUCCACCACCACAAGCCGAACCAGAAAGCACAAUCUUGGGCGACACCGCAGAAGACGGCACUGUCGAUCAAGCAUACACGAACCCAACAGGCGCGGACCCCAUUGAAGAACAGCCAACGAACUUCAACGAGCCCCCGCCGUCCUAUGUACCACCGCCAGCCUUACCCGCGAACGAUGCUGAAGAUCAAAGCGCGCAAGCCGACGCCUUCCUGAAAAGUCUAAUGGCACCUCUGCAACAAGCUACAGGAAUAUCUUCGUCGUCUCCCAAUGGCGGUGCAUCCGGUGACCCUCGUCUCAAACGCAGAAAGCUGAGCCACCCCAGCAAGGACGUUGACGACGAGAUAUUUGGAGCUGGAGUUGCUGGGAUUGAUGAGCAAGGCAUCAGUGCUAUGCUGGGCCAGUAG